AUGGCUCUCUACUGCGGGGACAACUUCGGGGCGUAUUCGCAGUCCCCUCUGCCCCCGCCCACCAGCGCGGCCGCCCCAGGCGCCUCUCCGGCCGUGCGGGCGCCCUACGGGCUGACAGACUACGCCGCCCCGCGCACUGCCAACCCUUACCUGUGGCUCAACGCGCCGGGUGUGGGGGCCCCGGCGGCCGCCGCCUACCUGAGCCCCCCGCCGGCCCCGGCCACCGCGGCUGCGCCCCUGCUGCAGCCUCCCGCGGCUGCCGGCACCUUCGCCUGCGUGCAGCGCGCCUUUGCGCCCUCCGCGCCUGCCGCGCCCGCUUCUCCUGGGACUGGGGCCGGAGAGCUGACCUGGCUGUCCACGGCCAGUCGCGAGGACCUCAUGAAGAUGGUGCGGCCACCCUACUCAUACUCGGCGCUCAUCGCCAUGGCCAUCCAGAAUGCGCCCGAGCGCAAGCUCACGCUCAGUCACAUCUACCAGUUCGUGGCCGACAGUUUCCCGUUCUACCAGCGCAGCAAGGCCGGCUGGCAGAACUCCAUCCGUCACAACCUGUCGCUCAACGACUGCUUCAAGAAAGUGCCCCGCGACGAGGAUGACCCAGGAAAAGGCAAUUACUGGACCCUGGAUCCCAACUGUGAGAAAAUGUUUGACAAUGGCAACUUCCGUAGGAAGAGGAAGCGCCGCUCAGAGGCCAGUGGCUCCACGGUGGCGACAGGGCCCCAAAAGUCAGAAGAAGGGCCCACACCAGGGCCUGGGGCUGGGCUCAGGGGCAGGCCUGAGGGUGGUAGCCUCUCUGUGCAACGGCCUGUGCGCUCCCCAGGCCAGGAGGAUGCCCCACGUGCCUCACCCCCAGGCUCCAGGGGACCCUCUACGCCCUGCCUGGCCGCCUUCCUUAGCAGCCUGGGCACGGUGGGCAGUGGUGCUGCCAGUGGGAGCUCCCCGCGUGCUCCUCCCCGCCAGCCCGGGCUCCCAGGACCGCCCUCCAGCAGCACGCAGCCUCCCACCUCUGACCCACAGGUCGACACCACGCUGACUGCCAGCCAGAGGCCUUACUACAGCCAUUUCCCCUCUAGCGGCCAGGGCAGCCCCUUCCCUGGCCCCUUCUAUGGUUUUGGCAUGGUCAACAGCCUGGGUUACCCACGUGAAGGUACCGACGUGUAA